AACCUGAGAUGCGCGUGGAGCAGCAGCGCGGUGCGCCUGUCGCAGCUCAACUAUCUCCCAUAUUAUUGUAGCCACAACUAUGAGUACAAACUACUCCAUGCCUUUUCAUUCCUGGAUCUACCAUCGAGUAUAUUUAAAUUAGUGUUUGUAUUUAUUUUUAGUUUUUAGGUGAGCAUGUGCGUAAUUUUGCGAGGAUUGUGGAGGUGCCACCGGGACUGAUUGGGCAAUAUGCGCCGCUGGGAUAUGAUUUUCAACCGAAAGGCUUAUGGAAUAUAGCCCGGUUUGUCAUCGUCUGUAUGCCCUCUGGUCUAGCCCCGUGAAGAAGAAGCUACUCCUGCUCAGCAUCAUGUUUUUAAUCUGGGUCUACAUGCUCUACUCCUGCGUGGGCUACUGCUACACUAUGCCAAGCCUGGUGGUGGACAGUUACCGGGGCAAGGAGACCGCCUCGACGGUGGGCAUGAGGACAGAGAGCAGCAGGACGGACCUGGUGUCCAGACUGCUCGCCAAACCGCAUCCGUGGGAGGAUAUAGAGAGCGAGUACGAGGAGCCGUCCUUCAGGACCUCCGCGUCCAGAGACCUGCUCAAUAACGAGCUGGAGACGGACCGAGCCGACGACUGGGAUGAGAUGCGGGGCGAGCAGCAGACCAACCCGGAGCUCAGCGCCAUGUCCACCUUCACCAACGGCUCCGGGAGCAAGAAGCUGCCGCAGGCGAUCAUCAUCGGGGUGAAGAAAGGAGGCACCCGGGCUCUGCUGGAGUUUCUCCGGGUGCACCCGGACAUCAGAGCCGUGGGAGCGGAGCCGCACUUCUUCGACCGCAACUAUGAGAACGGACUGGAGUGGUACAGGGAGCUCAUGCCCCGGACUCUGGAGGGCCAGAUCACCAUGGAGAAAACCCCCAGCUACUUUGUGACCAGAGAGGCUCCAGCCAGGAUAUCCGCCAUGUCCCGGGGCACCAAGCUGAUCGUGGUGGUGAGGGACCCCGUCACCAGGGCCAUCUCGGACUACACACAGACUCUGUCCAAGAAGCCCGACAUUCCCUCUUUCGAGAGCCUCACCUUCAAAAACAGAACUACAGGGCUCAUCGACACCUCGUGGAUCGCCAUCCAGAUCGGCAUCUACGCCAAGCACCUGGACAACUGGCUGCAGUACUUCCCCAUGGAGCAGAUCCUGUUCGUGAGCGGCGAGCGGCUGAUCAGCGACCCGGCCGGAGAGCUGGGCCGCGUGCAGGACUUCCUGGGCAUCAAGAGGAUCAUCACAGACAAACACUUUUACUUCAACCAGACCAAGGGUUUCCCGUGCCUCAAGAAGGCCGAGGGCAGCAGCAAGCCCCACUGCCUGGGCAAAAAUAAAGGCCGAACCCAUCCGAACAUUGACCCUGAGGUGGUGCAGAGGCUACGGGACUUCUACCGGCCCUUCAACAUGAAGUUCUACCAGAUGACAGGACAUAACUUUGGUUGGGAUUGAUGUGAAAAUAAUAAGAAAGACAUUUUUUUAUUAUUUGUCGAAGGUGUUUUUUUUGUUUGUUUCCUCUGUAUUUCAAUGGCAAGAUGUGGAGAUAUUGCUAUAUAUAUGUAAAAUGUACAGAAAUCUAUUUUAUAAUGAUUUAUUUUUAUUUCUAAGCAAUUAAUUCACUAAGCUGCCUAACCAUAUAUGUACAAAACAUCUGGCCCACAUGUUGUUUUUAACAUUCCUCAUUUUAAUUUUGAACUCUCUCGCUCCUCCCUUGUGGUCCUGUAAACUCAGUGGAUUUUAUCGGUGCUUCGUAAUGCAGAUAAUCAGCGUUUACCGAAGUAGAAAUUAAGGGGUAAGAUGUAAAAAGCACCAUAUUACGGGUACAGAGUGCUCAAAGAGAAGUGGAGAAUCCAUCCUCACUCAUACAUGCAUCAUAACUUUUCCUUUAAUUCUGAUUCUUCUUGUUUCACUGCAACACAGAACCUUCCAAUUAAGUUUUGUUUCUGCACUGGCAUCGGCCUUAUCUGCAGAUCUCGUGUCCCUUUCCACUCAAUAACAGUUAGAUCAAUGGGCCUAAUUGAUCCUCAUUGUGUCACUCAUGCUUAAAGUAUACAGCUGCCCUUUCAUUCUCAGUGCUCCUGCUGCCUGCUCUAAUGAAUGACCCAUCCAUCAAACGUUAAAUCCUAUCCCGGACCGCAUAAGGGCCCAUGUUAACAUUAUGCUAAUCGGGUAAAGGUAACUGGCGGAUCGAUCGAGCCUCCGCUCUCUAACUCCCCAUUAGAAGCAGUGUUGGCUGAGAGCCAGGCUCCUGCCCUAUCCACUCAGUUCAAAGGUCACGCAAAGUCUCAAUCAAAUUUCCUUGAGAGGCAUUUGAUUUGUUGAGGCGGAGUGCAGCCGGAGCACAGAGGGUCAGGGGGAGUUUGUGCCUUGCAAGAUAGGGAAAAAAAAAAAAAAUCUUUGCGUGAGGUAGCAGAGGCAUAUCUGUCAGGAAUCGAGCAUGAAGAUAAGAAAAGAUGGCAGACAAAAAAACAACUUGGCUUCGCCUCACUCGCUGCAAUAUCAUGUCUUCAAACAGAAGUCCACCAGGCCCCGGCUCAGAUCCCACACUAAAGAGAUCAAAGGAAGAGGAAAGGUUUUUGUGAAGCACUCUCAGCACAGCAAGAAUUGCCUCAGGCGGGAGGGGUUUCGGUGUCUAACCCCCCUUGAGUCGUCAGAAAAAAAAACCUCAUGUGCCAUCGUCCAUGGCCUAUAUACUUUAUGCCUUAUUCACUCUCAUCAUCCUCACACGUCUCACAAUCUCUACUUGUUGCCAAAAAAACCUUUGGGUUGAUCUCACGUUUCACACAGCUUGAGUCGCUAUCUCCGCUCCCCCCCCCCCCCCCACCCCUGCAUCACUUCUUUGUUUUUGUCUUUCUACUUGAAUUCUUGAUAUGCAAGAGGGAGAAAACGCGUAGUUAUCAUUCUUUGAUGUGCUGCCCCCGUCUCUGUGCAGCGGGUGGCACGCUAUUAUAAGGGCACAGGGAGGCGGCCGUGCUAUGCUGUGCUACGCUAUGCUAUGCAUGCUCAAUGUGGUGGCCAUUAUGAAAAUGCAGGGAUAAUGGGAAAGGGAUUAUUAGCAUCCAGAGGAGGGCUUUCGUGUUUAAGCAGGGCCCGGACUGAAUGUACACAACCUAUCCUCACACCCUCAAAAUCAGUUUUAAAGGUCAGAUUGUCUCUCAGUUUUUAGGUAAAAGUUACAUUUGAUUGUCCCUCUUUUUGCUUUUUUAAAGUUGUGCCUCUUUAAUUAUCUAAUACAACACCUGCUCCUGUCAUUAAGACGGAGAGUGAUGCCUAUUUUUUUCUUAUUUUCCAGUUUUAACCAGCUGCCGGGUUUAGCCUCAAACCAACAGUUGGUAGCAGGGGACAUGGAGGCUUGUGACGCUGCAUUUUUUGCAGUGUUAUCCUUUAUCGUCCCUUCUCUCCUUAGUGCAAUGUUUGAUUAUAAAGAAAGCAUUUAUGAUGACCUCUCUUAGCAAGCCGUCACAUCCUGGUCUGACAUUUUCCCUGCAGCUGAUGGAGAACUACAUUUAAAUUCCAUUCGAGUUCACGUGACUGAUGGAAUAUCUGAAAAUACAACAACUUGCACUCAUGGGUUUGCUCCGUGUUGCUGCAUCGGUUAUGGUUGAGUUUUAUUCAACCUGUUUUGAGAUCUAAAAAAAUGUUAAAAAGUUGUUUGUCUUACCCACAUAUAAUAUGUAUUUAGACUAGCAGAUCUGUAUGUACAAAAAUGAAAAAGACAUGUAAAUCAAGUAUUUUGUGGUAUGUACAUCAAAGGAAUUAAUUUUACACAAUGCAAAAGCAAAAUGGAACAGAUGUUUCUAGAUGAUUAAAUACUGAACAUUCAAAAAUAUUUCUUUGUAUGAAGAAAUAAAUAAAAAAGUAUAUAUUUUACCAAA